UUUUAUUUUCAGCGUUUUUCGCUAACGCGAAGUUUUUAUCUGUUUCUUACAUUUAUGGAACCAUAUGGCUCCAGAUAGUAAUGCGGUUGACAUUAACAAAAGUCUCAAAGCUUACCUCAAUAGAAAUGAAUCUGGAACCUCUGAAGAGAAGAGUAAUUUGCUAAGAACUUUGAGUCUCGAUUCUUGGUUCACCCGAUCAAGCGAAAACUUUGAUUUGGAAAAUGAUGACAAAAAUAAUUCAUGGUUUAGUACAGCAGAAAAGGAUUAUUUUUGUCCGUCCUUAAGUAAGAAACAGAGAAUUGUAGGCUUUAUAGGAUGCAUUUUGAUGGGUUCAUUUUGUUUUGUUCUGGCUGGACUGUACGCUCCUCUGUUAUUACUCAAGGCCAGAAAAUUUUGCCUGCUUUAUUCUAUGGGCAGCCUUUUUAUUAUUGGCAGUUUUUCUCUGCUGUGGGGGCCAUAUAAUCACAUAAAACAUUUGUGUUCUUAUGAAAGAUUACCUUUCACUGUAGUAUAUUUUGGGACCAUGUUUUCUACAUUGUAUUCAGCAUUGUGGUUGAAAAAUACACUUCUUACUGCAAUAUUUGCUCUUUUUCAAGUCAUAGCAUUAUUAUGGUAUGUGAUAAGCUAUAUACCUGGUGGUCAAACUGGACUAAAGUUUUUCACUCGUAUUUGUACUUCUGUUGUUACUAAGACCACAAGUAGAGUGUUACCUGUAUAAAAUAUUUUUUCCUCAUUGUUUAAAUUAUUUGUAACUACAUGUAAUAUUUAUUUCUUCUAAUUU